AUGGUGAGCUACCGCAACGACCGGGAGAGAAGGACUCGGGCAAUGAAGAGCUAAUAGCCAAACCAGGCCGACAACAGCGUCUACCUCUCGAAUACCGCCAACGUGAGUUCUGCGAAAUCGCCCAAGCAGAUCGGCCGCAGGCUAACAAAGCACAGCUUGAGAAAUACCUCAAGCUUCCUCAGAAGGGCUCCGUCAUUGCCGAAUACGUCUGGAUUGACGCAUCCAACGGCGUCCGCUCCAAGUGCAAGGUAAGUCUGCUGCUGUUCCUGAUUUCUCCGGCUCCACGCGACCCCAAAAAUCGAGUCCGGAAGCCACCCAGCCAAGCUGCCGAAGAACUCCAAGCGCGUGGCUUGACAGCUUCCGAGUGCGGACUUGCGGAGCGCUAGAAGCGCAACGAGCUUGAUCUGAGAUGCCCAAGUCCUCUGCAAGCUCUCGCAUUUCAUGGCGCCCUCUUGGACCUGCUUUUGGCUUUCACCAUUCUUGGGGCAUUGGACUGACACUCAGCUCCCAGACCCUCAAGAGCGUACCUACCAGCUACAAGGACCUCCCAGAAUGGAACUUCGACGGCUCCUCGACCUCCCAGGCUCCGGGUGACAACUCGGAUGUCUACCUUCGCCCCGUUGCUAUGUACCCAGACCCAUUCCGCCUUGGUGACAACAUCUUGGUCAUGUGCGAGACGUACAUGUCAGACGGCAAGCCAAACGCCUACAACUUCCGCCACGACGCCGCGAUUGUCAUGGAACAGCACAAGAAGCACGAGUUCUGGUUCGGUCUGGAGCAGGAAUACACUCUUCUGGACACCAACGGCUGGCCGUACGGAUGGCCAAAGAAUGGUUUCCCAGCUCCUCAAGGCCCAUACUACUGCGGUGUUGGAGCUGGCAAGGUCUUCUGCAGAGACAUCGUAGAGGCGCACUACAAGGCCUGCUUGUACGCCGGUAUCAACAUCUCCGGUACCAACGCCGAGGUCAUGCCGGCUCAGUGGGAGUACCAAGUCGGCCCCUGCGAGGGCAUUGAAUGUGAGUUUUGCCAUGCUAAUGCUCUUUCGAGCUCAACUAACGUGAACUGCAGUGGGUGACCAGCUCUGGAUGUCGCGCUUCCUACUCCACCGUGUCGCCGAGGAGUUCGGCGCCAAGAUCACAUUUGCUCCAAAGCCAAUCCCGGGCGACUGGAACGGUGCCGGUCUGCACACCAACGUUAGCACCAAGGAGAUGCGUGAGGCUGGUGGCAUGAAGGCCAUCGAGAAGGCCAUGGAAUCGCUUGCCAAGCGCCAUGUCGAGCACAUGAAGGUCUACGGUGAGGGUAACGAGGCACGUAUGACUGGAGCCCACGAGACUGCAUCCUACGAUAAGUUCAGCUGGGGUAUCGCCAACCGUGGCUCAUCAGUGCGUGUGAACCGGGAGGUUGCAGAGAAGGGCAUGGGCUACUUCGAGGACCGCCGACCGGCCUCCAACGGAGAUCCAUACCAGAUCACCGGAAUGAUUGUUGAGACGGUAAGCAGUUCACAAUCCUACAGGCCAUUUCCGGGUGCUGACUGUUCUUCUAGCUCUGCGGUAAAGUCGAGGGCGCAGAUGUGUUCGAGAAGUCCCAGCAACCCACGGAGGAACUCGAGAUGGUUGUUCCUGUCGCUAAGCCAUAA